UCAUCAGAAGAGAAAGAUGGAUUUAUCUGUGGUUUCCAUUGAAGAAGUACAAAAUGUCAUUAAUGCUAUGCAGAAAAUCUUAGAGUGUCCAAUCUGUCUGGAGUUGAUCAAAGAACCUGUUUCGACAAAGUGUGACCACAUAUUUUGCAAAUUUUGUAUGCUGAAACUUCUCAACCAGAAGAAAGGGCCAUCACAGUGUCCUUUGUGUAAGAAUGAUAUAACCAAAAGAAGCCUACAAGAAAGUACAAGAUUUAGUCAACUUGUUGAAGAGCUAUUGAAAAUCAUUCAUGCUUUUGAGCUUGACACAGGAUUACAGUUUGCAAACAAUUAUAAUUUUGCAAAAAAGGGAAAUAACUCUCCUGAACUUCUAAAAGAUGAAGUGUCUAUCAUUCAAAGUAUGGGCUACAGAAACCGUGCCAAAAGACUUCGACAGAGCAAACAUGAAAAUCCUACCUUGCAGGAAACCAAUCUUAGCGUCCAACUCUCCAACCUUGGAAUUGUGAGAUCUCUGAGGACAAAGCAGCAGAUACAACCUCAGAAUAAAUCUGUCUACAUUGAAUUGGGAUCUGAUUCUUCUGAAGAUACAGUUGAUAAGGCAAGUUGUUACAGUGUGGGAGAUCAAGAACUAUUACAAAUCACACCGCAAGGAGCCAGGGUUAAAUCCAGUGUGGAUUCUGCAAAAAAGGCUACUUGUAUGGUUUCUGAGAAGGACAUAACAAGUAUUGAACAUCAUCAAUCCAGUAAUAAGGAUUUGAACACCAUUGAGAAACGUGCAACUGAGAUGCAUCCAGAAAAGUAUCAGGGUAGUUCUGUUUCAAACUUGCAUGUGGAGCCAUGUGGCAAAAAUACUCAUGCCAGCUCAUUACAGCAUGAGAGCAGCAGUUUAUUACUCACUAAAGACAAAAUGAAUGUAGAAAAGGCUGAAUUUUGUAAUAAAAGCAAACAGCCUGGCUUAGCAAGGAGCCAACAGAGCAGAUCGGCUCAAAGUAAGGAAACAUGCAAUGAUAGGCACACUUGCAGCCCUGAGCAAAAGGUAGAUCUGAAUACUGCUCCCCCAUAUGGGAGAAAAGAACAGAAUAAGGAGAAACUUCUAUGCUCCAAGAAUCCUAGAGAUAGCCAAGAUGUUCCUUGGAUAACACUAAAUAGCAGCAUUCAGAAAGUUAAUGAAUGGUUUUCUAGAAGUGAUGAAAUGUUAACUUCUGAUGACUCACAUGAUGAGGGUUCUGAAUCACAUGCUGAAGUAGCUGGAGCCUUAGAAGUUCCAAGUGAAGUAGAUGGAUAUUCCAGUUCCUCAGAGAAAAUAGACUUACUGGCCAGUGAUCCUCAUUAUCCUAUAAUAUGUAAAAGUGAAAGAGUUCACUCCAAACCAAUAAAGAGUAAAGUUGAAGAUAAAAUAUUUGGGAAAACUUAUCGGAGGAAGGCAAGCCUCCCUAACUUAAGCCAUGUAACUGAAAAUCUAAUUAUAAGAGCAGCUGCUACUGAGCCACAGAUAACACAAGAGUGUUCCCUCACAAAUAAAUUAAAACGUAAAAGGAGAACUACAUCAGGUCUUUGUCCUGAGGAUUUUAUCAAGAAGGCAGAUUUGGCAGUUGUUCAAAAGACACCUGAAAAGAGAAUUCAGGGAACUAACCAAGUGGAUCAGAAUAGUCACGUGGUAAAUAUUACUAAUAGUGGUUAUGAGAAUGAAACAAAAGGUGAUUAUGUUCAGAAUGAAAAAAAUGCUAACUCAACAGAAUCAUUGGAAAAAGAAUCUUCUCUCGGAACUAAAGCUGAACCUAUAAGCAGCAGUAUAAGUAAUAUGAAAUUAGAAUUAAAUAUUCACAAUUCAAAAGCAAGUAAAAAGAAAAGGCUGAGGAAGAAGUCUUCUAGCAGGCAUAUUCGUGCACUUGAACUAGUAGUCAAUAAAAAUCCAAGCCCUCCUAAUCAUACCAACCUACAAAUUGACAGUUGUUCUAGCAGUGAAGAAAUAAAGGAUAAAAGUUCUGACCAAAUACCAGUCAGGCAUAGCAGAAAGCCUGGACUCAUGGAAGAUAGAGAACCUGCAACUGGAGCCAAGAAAAGUAACAAGCCAAAUGAGCAAAUAAGUAAAAGACAUGUCAGUGAUACUUUCCCAGAAGUGGCAUUAACAAAUAUAUCUAGUUUUUUUACUAACUGUUCAGGUUCUAAUAGACUUAAAGAAUUUGUCAAUCCUAGCCUUCAAAGAAAAAAAACAGAAGAGAACUUAGAAGAAACAAUUCAAGUGUCUAAUAGUACCAAAGGUCCGGUGUUAAGUGGAGAAAGGGUUUUGCAAAUUGAAAGUGAAGAAAGAUCUAUAAAAAGCACCAGUAUUUCAUUGGUACCUGAUACUGAUUAUGGUACUCAGGACAGUAACUCGUUACUGAAAGUUAAAGUCUUACGGAAGGUGAAAACAGCACCAAAUAAACAUGCAAGUCAGGGUACAGCCACUGAAAACCCCAAGGAACUAAUCCAUGGUUGCUCUAAAGAUACUGGAAAUGACACAGAGGGCUAUAAGGAUCCAUUGAGACAUGAAAUUAACCACAUUCAGAAGAUAAGCAUGGAAAUGGAAGACAGUGAACUUGAUACUCAGUAUUUACAGAAUACAUUCAAGUUUUCAAAGCGUCAGUCGUUUGCUCUGUUUUCAAACCUAGGAAAGGAAUGUGCAACAGUCUGUGCCCAGUCUCUCUCUGCGUCCUUAAGAAAAGGUUCAAAAGUCAUUCUUGAAUGUGAACAAAUAGAAAAUCCAGGAAUGAAAGAGCCUAAAAUCAAGCAUAUACAGGGAAAUAAUAUCAAUACAGGCUUCUCUGUAGUUUGUCAGAAAGAUAAGAAAACAGAUGAUUAUGCCAAAUACAGCAUCAAAGAAGCAUCUAGGUUUUGUUUGUCAAAUCAGUUUCGAGACAAUGAAACUGAAUCCAUUACUGUAAAUAAACUUGGAAUUUUACAAAACCUCUAUCAUAUACCACCACUUUCUCCUAUCAGGCUAUUUGAUAAAACUAAAUGUAAUACAAACCUGUUAGAGGAAAGGUUUGAAGAACAUUCAGUGUUACCUGAAAAAGCAGUAGGAAACGAGAACACCGUUCCAAGUACAAUGAAUACAAUUAACCAAAAUAACAGAGAAAGUGCUUAUAAAGAAGCCAGUUCAAGCAGUAUCAAUGAAGUAAGCUCGAGUACUAAUGAAGUGGGCUCCAGUGUUAACGAAGUAGGCCCCAGUAGUGAAAACAUUCAAGCAGAACUAGAUAAAAACAGAGGACCUAAGUUGAAUGCUGUGCUUAGAUUAGGUCUUAUGCAACCUGAAGUCUAUAAACAAAAUCUUCCUAUAAGUAAUUGUGAACAUCCUAAAAUAAAAGGGCAAGAAAAUGGAGUAGUUCAACCUGUUAAUCCAGAUUUUUCUUCAUGUCUAAUUUCAGAUAACCUAGAACAACCUACGAGAAGUAGUCAUGCUUCUCAGCUUUGUUCUGAGACACCUGAUGACUUAUUAGUUGAUGAUGAACUAAAGGAAAAUACCAGUUUUGCUGAAAAUAACAUUAAGGAAAGAUCUGCUGUUUUUAGCAAAAAUGUCAUGAGAAGAGAGAUUAGCAGGAGCCCUAGCCCUUUAGCCCAUAUACAUUUGACUCAGGCUCACCAAAGAGAGGUUAGGAAAUUAGAGUCCUCAGAAGAGAACAUGUCUAGUGAAGAUGAAGAGCUUCCCUGUUUCCAACACUUACUAUUUGGCAAAGUAACUAAUACAUCUUCUCAAUCUACCAGACAAAGCACUAUUGCCACUGAGUGUCUGUCUAGAAAAACAGAAGAGACCCUGGUAUCUUUGCAGAAUACCUUAAAUGACUGUAGUAACCAGGUAACGCUGGUCAAGGCAUCCCAGGAAAAUCACCUUAGCGAGGAAGCGAAGUGUUCUGUUAGCUUGUUUUCUUCACAGUGCAGUGAAGACUUGACUGCAAAUACAAACACCCAGGAUCCCUUCUUGAUGUCUGAUCCUCUUUCCAAGCAAAUGAGGGAUCAGUCAGAAAACCAGGAAGUUCUGAGUGACAAUGAAUUGGUUUCAAAUGAUGAAGAAAGGGAACCUAGCCUGGAAGAAGAUAAUCACCAAGAAGAACAAAGUGUGGAUUCAGACUUAGGUGAAGCAGCAUCUGGGUAUGAGAGUGAAAGCUUCUCUGAAGACUGUUCAGGGCUGUCCUCUCAGAGCGAUAUUUUAACCACUCAGCAGAGGGAUACCAUGCAAGAUAACCUGAUAAAGCUUCAGCAGGAAAUGGCCGAAUUGGAAGCUGUAUUAGAGCAGCAUGGGAGCCAGCCUUCUGACAGCUCUCCUUGCCUCAUAGCUGACUCUUACGACCCUGAGGACCCGCUAAAUCUGGGAAAAAACACAUCAGAAAAAGCAGUAUUAACUUCACAGAAAAGUAGUGAAUAUCUUAUAAGCCAGAAUCCAGAAGGCCUUUCUGCUGACAAGUUGCAAAUAUCUCCAGAUUGUUAUACCAGUAAAAGUAAAGAACCAAGAAUGGAAAGGUCUUCCUCUUCUAAAUCCCAGUUGUCGGAUAAUAAGUGGUAUAUGCACAGCCUUCAGAACAGAAAGUGCCCAUCUCAGGAGGAGCUCACUAAGAUUGUUGAUGUGAAGAAGCAAAAACUGGAAAAGUCUGAGCCACAUGAUUUAAUGGUGCAGUCUUCUUGGGCAAGACAAGAUCUAGAAGCAACUCCUAACCUGGAAUCUAGAAUCUACCUCCUCUCUGGUAAUCCUGAAUCUGAUCCUUUAGAAGACAGAGCCCCAGAGUCAGCUCAAGUUUGUAGCACAUCAGCUUCAGCUUCUGCAUUAAAAUCAUCCCGGUAUCAAACAGAUUCUGGCGGGAGUCCAGCCACUACUCACAACACUAAGACUAUGAGGGAAGAAAGUCUGAGCAAUGAGAAGCCAGAAUUGACAUCUUCAGUAGAAGAAAGUGUCAACAAAAGAAUAUCCAUGGUGGUAUCAGGCUUGACCCCAAAAGAAUGGGUGACCCAGUCACUUAAAGAAAGAAAGAUACUGGAUGAGCAUGAUUUUGAAGUCAGAGGAGAUGUGAUCAAUGGAAGAAACCACCAAGGCCCAAAGCGAGCAAGAGAAUCCCAGGACAGAAAGAUCUUCAGAGGCCUAGAAAUCUGUUGCUAUGGACCCUUUACCAACAUGCCCACAGAUCAGCUGAAGUGGAUGGUACAGCUGUGUGGGGCUUCUGUGGUGAAGGAGCUUUCAUCAUUCACACUUGGCACAGGUGUUCGCCCAAUUGUGGUUGUGCAGCCGGAUGCCUGGACAGAGGACCAUGACUUUCAUGCAAUUGAGCAGAUGUGUGAAGCACGUGUGGUGACCCGAGAGUGGGUGUUAGACAGCAUAGCACUGUACCAGUGCCAGGAACUGGACACCUACCUGAUAACUCAGAUUCCCCACAGCCACUGCUGAUUGCAGGCAGCUACGUGUAUCAAGCCAUGGGACAGUAACAGCAAGCUUACAAAAUGGCCCUUCCAAGCCUUGAGAGCUUCUCUCACUCUUCAGUCCUUCAGUAGUCCAAAGUGUUAAAUAUUACAUGUACAUCAGUCAGAAAAGAACUUCUGGCUAU